UCUCGGAGUAUCUCAAAAGUAAAGAAGGUCAACCUCACCCACGGCAAUCAAUCCUUUCUGGACCCCUCUUAUUUAGUGCUAAAUGCUUCGGAAAUAGAAAUAUAUAGGAUAUACGAGCGGGACUUAAUCUUUCUAUAGGAAGGAGCCAGCCGAGUAUGUUUCAGUGGGAGUAGUUUAUUCUGACUCCCCUUCGCUGUCUUUCCUUAUCUCUAUCGGAAUUCUCAAAGGGGGCUCCCCUCUCUUGCCAAUAAGAUUUAACCAUGUCGCUUAUUCUUUUGACGAUUUCCAUUUUUUCUUUUGGGUUAUUCAUUUGUUUGGGUUUCAUUUCAUUCUUUGACUGCUCCCCCCCAAAAACGGGAAAAGACUUUUAGGAAAUUGCCGGGGGUUGGUCCGGAAAGACGACAUGGGAGUUUUUGGGCGUUAAAGUUCUUCUCUUACGUAAUUUCGAGUUGGAUGAACAGAUUGCUCCUAAAGGUUUAAUAAGACAUUAGAUUCUCAUUCAUCAAUAACUCGACUUCCAGCUUCUCACAUGGAAGGGUCCGGUCCGGAAGAAGAGGAAAAGGAGUUCACCUCAAAUCAAGGCAACGCGCACUCAAUCUCUUUCUGACACAGGCACAGGGCUGAUUGAGAAAGUCUUUAGGUUCCAGAGUUCCGACCUAUACUAUAAAGGAGUGAAACCGCUUCCAAAGACUCAGCGAUAGGGUAGGGCGUAGUGACUACUCAAAUGAAAGCUUCGGAGGUGUUAAACGAGGCCUUUUCAUAAUAUGAAGCAUACCUUCCAUCCAGUGCUAUGUUUGCAAGAGAAGGUGUGAUCGUAGGAGCUCAACCUGUUGCCGGUGGUUUGAGACAUAACCGCUGCUAGGGGAAUCAAAGGUUUGAUCCUAUCCGCUUUUAGAGUGAUCGCAGACUUCAGUAGGUCCCUGAGAGUCCUCGCAUCACAGCCUGCUCUUAUACAAUUCCAAAGCAUUCUUUUCAUAGGCAGACUAACUACUGGAUACAAGAUAGGGUAUACUGGUUCUAAGCCUACCUUUUCUUUUCCUUACUCGCUGACAACCUUGCAACCUUUGAACUUUUUCUUAAGCUUGGCAGACUAGCUCCUAACUUCCUUGAUAGAGCGAUGAGCUUACUUAAAUAGAAUAGAGUGCUAUCCUCAGUAAUUACUGAAAAGAGAACCUUGCACCAGAACGAGGCUGACUCAGACUCAACCUUCGGGAUAGCUGCUUUAGAACCAACCUAACCUUAUUUUGACUUCUAGGGUUUGCUGGUUCCAAAACCUGUCUCCCCUUUUUUUGAGGAAGUAAGGAAGUGGAUAAACCAACUAACCCUGUAGGAGUUGGAGCCAGCUAAUCCCUCUAUCAGUCUAACCCCGCGAGCAAGGAAACUAGCUAAGCAAGUAAUUCCAGGUCAGGAAGGGCGGAAGAAGAAUUGAAUAAAGUCAGGAAGUCCCGGGGCUGGUGCUCUAGUAAACUGCCACAGGUACUAGGAGUCAGCCUGCAAGUAGUAUUUAUUAAGCAGUAAGCCCUAGAGCUCGAGAUUGUAAGUUUCAGGUACUAGUUUUGCAGCAAGAGCUAGUCAUUCCCCAGCGCUGUAGUAGCUUUAAAGGGGGAGGAAGUGCGAGGCGAUAUGAGAACCAGCUAAUCAACUAAUCCCUGUAUCCUGCCUUGUAGGGCUAAUUCUCCCCUAGAAUCCAUGGUUGACCAGUAUACGCUCUACUAGCCUGUCAGCCCUUUGGCUACCCUCAGUCCCCUUUUCGAUGCAGACAUUCGACCUGCAUUUCCUUGACCCAGCUUCCCGUUGCGUUGAAAUUCCCCUGGUUUUCUAUUCUAAAGCAAGGAGGAUAAGAAGGUGAUAACCCGCUAGCAAGUGCAAGUAAACCUCGUUCAAAGUCAGGAAGUAUGGAAGGAGCAGAAUAAGGUUAGGAAGCAAACCUGCUAGCAAGUCAGAAAGACUAAUUUCUCUACCAGCCCCUCAUUCAUCUGCGAGAUCCCUUUCAAAGCGACCUGACUUGAGAUUCGCUUCUUCCUUGAAACCCAUUACUGCUGCUUAAACAAAGGCCUAAGAUGAAGUUCCAACCCUGGGCAGAAAGGAAAGGCAAGAAGAAUUGAAGUUUUCGAUUCAGACUUCAUUGACUGAUGAAAGCACUACGAGCAUAAUUGAAAAGAACCCGAGUGCGACAAGUCCGGAUUGAUUCCAAGUCGAAAUUACAUAGACAGAGUCGGAGGCUUAUCAAGCAAAAUCUCUUACAAAAGCCUUCUGUUCACCUGCCCUAAUCUUUCAAUUCACUGAUCGGGGGACUUAGUGAGGAAAGAAGCGACUUUUUCCGCUAGAGGAAAGACUCUUGAGUGCUUGUUAUUCUAUUUGGUAAGCACUAAGAAGUCAGAAAGAGCAGCUAGAAAGCAAAGUCGAUCGUCUUAGUUAGAGAAAAGAGCAAAAACAGAGAGAGGCCUCUUAGUACCUGCAGCAAGGCAGAAAUGCAACUAAAUGCGGUGUAAGGUCUGUCGUCGAGGGUGUAGCGUAAAGCCCUUACUUCACCAGAUCUGGUAGUAGAGCCCUGUGAUUCAAUGCAUAACGGAAAGCAACCUAGCUAUAUUAACUAACGAGAUCCAGAGAGAACAAGCCUUGCAAAUUCCCCUUAUAAUGUAGAAUUAAGUGGGAAAGAUUAGUCAGGUCUUUAUUAACAUUAUUAGAGACGUAACUCCCAACUCCUAACAACCCUUUGGCAAAAGCCAACGAUUGAGAAAGAUGGGAUUGACUUCGUCAUCCCCGAAAGCAAGGUAUGGAAUUCUAAUACCCUUGGAAUCCGCUAAUUUGCUGUUGAGCCCUUGUCCUUCACCAGAAGGUGAGAACUGCCAUCUCUUUUUAGUAGCAAACGGCCCGAACUGCAUGUGACUGAUUAGAUCUACACAUUCAGGAGGAGAUUCAGCCUUAAAGCACAGGUAUGUAUAUUGACCAUACAGCACCGACCUAAAAGCAUCUAAAAAGCUAGGAAAGGUUAAGAGAAAGAGAAGACGUUGGGAGGUCGAAAACCUGUAAUUAAAUUCCUUAACAUCCCCGGCAGACUGAGAAAAAUAAAGAAGUCAGACAGAGCAGGUAGAAAGCAAAGUAUUGAUAACUCUUUACAGGAUUGAGUUCAAGAAGUCUGGAUUUACAUCUCUCGAGCCUACUGCCUUAUCUGAAGUCUUGGAUUGAAUUACUUAGGCUGGCCUUCCAGAUGAAAUGAAGUAGACUAUUCCAGCCUCUUCAGCCUAAAAGGAAAGAAAUUCCUAUCAUCUUUCAACUCUAGCUUCAUGAAAGGGUCUAGCUUCUUUAGAAUUUCCUUACGAAGGAGCAAGAAAUCCGUCUCAGUCCUAAACUAAGAACCUUGGGAGAGGGAAAGGUUAACUGGAAACAAGUCUCUCAUUUCUGGUCCGUAACUCUGCUUCCUCAUCUCAGGCUUGAAAAGGCUAAAUUACAGUAGUAGAGAGGUAAGAACUUCAAGGAUAGAGGUUUGAAAAUGGUAUAAAGCGGGAUUCUAGAUCAACUUGCCUUAGGCUGCUCUGAGGUCAUAGAGCCAUAAUCCGUAUUCUCAGUCAGGUAAUCUCUUUUUUUUAUUCAAGCCAAGUGUAAAGAGUCAAUCAGAAUCUCUCAGUCCUGAAGCAAGCAAUUAAUCAUCUUUCCCGCGGUAAAAGAAUCAGACCAGUCUCCGGCCGCUCUGACAACAGACUAAGGAGUAAGGAGGGACUUGAAAGGAAUGCUUUUUUCUUUUUCUCUACAAUAGGGAAGUUCCUCGUAUGCGUCGAUUCCCGAUCCUUUCUUAUGUGUUCUAGUGCUUUCCUUUCCUAAACUUAAGUUGGAAGUCGGCUAAAGAGCACUUUUCUUUAGUUGUUGGAAUCUCUUAUGUUGGUGCAGCGAAUGCAAGUCUCCAAGUGGGGCUUUCAUGUCUAGGGACCUUCCCCUUGGCCUAUAGCCUUCUAAUCGGAAAAGGGGCAAUUGGAUUUCGUUCCUGACACUUCAUAGCAACUCACUUCCUACAGUCAACGGCAUUCUCAAUGAGCCAUGGCGUCUGCUCCUUAGCGCUUCCCUUUAAUUAUGAUCUAGUGAUUCGUUAGAAGGUGUUCAGCCUUCUACCAGGGUUACUCCAUCAGAAGACGGCAAGCCAUUUAGCGAAGACCAAUAAAGUCUCCGCCAGACAGCACAGCGAAGAUAGACGCAAGGAGAGGACCGAAAGCCACAAGCCAAAUACAUACUUGACUCACGACUUCCGGCCGGAGCCGAACGUGCACCUGCGACUGUUGCAGUCUUCUAUGCAAACACAGGCAAAGGGCCCCCCUCUUUGAAACAAGGCGAGACAAAAGCGGGUACCGUCAUUCCCACCAUAGCAAAGUCCCCUUGACCUUCACCCGUUCUGGUUGGAUUGUCCCUGUGCACCUCCAACCUCAUCCCCCAUAGUCGCCCCCACCUGUCCCGCAUCCCCUGAGUUUAAGAGGAGUGUUCUCGGAUUAGGGGUACCUUCUGGUUUCCGAUGGACCAGCUAAUCAGGGUCCGCCCCUUGUUAGUGAAGAAUUUGCCCCUACCCCUAUGAAAUUAUAGGGGGAGACUCGAUUGAGCGGAUACGGUGGCGACUCUUAGCAUCCAAAGCCCAGCCGUCUGCCGAAGACAUUCGCUUGGCCCACCUCGAAGCCCAGGACCUAUUCGAGGUCAAGGUGGAUAUUAUCCGCCAAAUGGCGGGCCUUGACCCAACCGGCGAUUGGACGGGACGGGGAGCGCGGGCCCUGGACAAUCCCCGUGCGGUGCGGCCUCAGGGGGACCCUCCUUAAUGGAGCUCUAUAGCCUUAGGGACGAGCUCCAUGAGAGGGGAGUACAAUCCCAUGCUUUUCAAAGGCUAAGGGAUAAAAUUUUUACCAGGGUGAACAACCUGGAUGAAAACUCCACUACUUAAUCCACUGGCGUGGUGCUACUGGAUGCUUCUGAUCAAUAGAACAGUAAGAGGGGGGAAUAAAACUUAUGAUGAGCAUCUAUUUGAGUCGAUCAUUUCCAAGAUCUAAUUCCAGUUUAUUCUUAUGUAGUAGAAAGGCCUUACAAUCUGAAGUUUUACGCUUAGGGGAAGAAUUUUUCUUGGUGGAUGCAGGACCUGGGACCCCCAGAAUUUGUAUGAAAGAAGAGCCUACAGGAGUGCCAAUCAACCGAGCCACCAGGUUUGAGAAUAAGGUGGGAUCCCUGGAUCUAGUGGCAAGUGAAUCACUGAUCAAAAAGAGGAUUUUGGAGAGAUUCUUCAUCGAUCUAGUGGCCGGCGAAUCGCUGAUCAAAGAGCGAGCAGCCGCCAGGUUUAAUGAUAAGGUGGGAUCCACAGAUGUAGUGGCUGGUGAACCGCUUCUUCUUCUUCCACGAAGAUUCAGAAAAAACCGAGCUUGGAUGGAACUGAACAAGAUUUGGCGAACGAAUACAAAGGUAAAAGGCUUUAUUAUUAAGAGAGUCAAAGGAGGUUAUUCAGUAGCCAUCGCGGGUUUCAUAACUUUUCUUCCAUUCCGUUCUCACAACAAAAGGAAAGGGAAAAAGAGAUCGAAUGAUCGAUUCACCAUUGCGAGCAUUAACCCCAAAAGGACGAAUAUUGUGGUGUUAGCGGCAGAUCAAACAAUUGAUGAGCGAAAACGUGACGAAAAAAAAAGAAGUUUUAUUCAAUUCCGAAGCGAAACCUAACGUCUCCUGAUAACACUCUAUCCCUUUAAUCCAUUCUUUUGUUGGGGGUCUGGCACUUAUUACGGGCCGCUCUGUCAUUGUCUGAUUUUUGGUUGUCUGAUCACAGUCGAAAUUAUGUAUCUACUUAUCGUCUUUUUGCCCCUUAUCGGUAGUUCCGUAGCAGGUUUUUUCGGACGUUUUCUAGGAUCAGAAGGAACCGCUAUUAUGACCACUACGUGCGUUUCAUUCUCUUCGAUCUUAUCUUUUAUUGCUUUUUAUGAAGUCGCACCGGGAGCUAGUGCUUGCUAUCUAAGAAUUGCUCCAUGGAUCUCAUCGGAAAUGUUUGAUGCUUCUUGGGGCUUCUUUGGCGACCGUGAAGUCACCGGAUGAAUUGCCGAGUAGAUAGAUCAGAUCCGGACGCGGCUGUUGCUCCGCGGCGAUACGGACUCGACCCGCUCCUACCCACCCCGGGGCACCAUAGCAUGUCGGGAAUAAGGGGGGACAUACUGGACGUAACCACUCCCUUGGGGGCUUUGCCGCCCUGCCUUUCGAUCGAUACACAGUUGAGUAGGCCGAUCACGAACGCUACAGGUGUGGGAGCGAUCCUGGUCAGGGAAGGCUAAGACGGCGCCUCGCAUAUGGGUAGCAAGAGGGCGCUUAUGCCCCGCCUUGUUUCAAAGAGGGGGGCCUUAUGGGGAAGGGCCCUGCCCAAUAGGGACAGCACACCCCCCACUUCAAGCGCACCUAUGUAUCGACUGAAUCACUCUAAGAGUCUAGUAGGUGGAACCGGUGAACCACGCGAGCUGGUUAGAUGCGUGGGGCAGAGGGCUCGUAGUACCCCCUUUUCUUGAUCCAGCCUUUUCUUCGCUUCGGUAGUGAAUUACCUACUAAAAAAAGAGGCAGGCCUCUGAGCCCUAUUUUAGACUACUAAGGCAGCUAGUAGAGAUGAAGGGACUCUUUCAUUAGGGGGAAGGGAAGAAGGGGCCUAAGCACGGCGGAUGCCGUACACUUGAGUGGCAAAGGAAAGGGGGAUCGUACCUGUUUUUCCAGGCCUGUUCGGACAUAAGGUUCCCGCGGAAGAUCAAGUUGGUGAGCCGUGUGAUGGGAAACCUUCCCGCACGGUUCGGAGAGCACUGAAUUAGAAUGAGAGGUUCACCACCACAUCAUUGCAUGCAAGGGGAGCUCGCUCGAUUCGCAAAUUGGCUGGUCUAAAUGCUCGUAAUUCACUUCUGACUCCGUGUUCGAUAGCCCGACCGUAGUGAUGUUAAUUGUGGUUACAUCCAUAAGUAGCUUG